CCCAGGUACCCUCGCAAGUCGCCCGAAUCACCAUCUUCCCUCCUAAAUCCUUCCCGUCUUCCGACAUACGAGUUAUAUACGAAUCGGUCUUGACUGUCGGAGGUACAAAUUAUAUCUGAAGCCCUGGCAUGUCAUAAGAUGAGGUGGUCAUCAUCAUUAUAGGUUCAAGACAUACUGAAAUCGAAUAUGUCGCGACUUGUAUGUCGAUCAAGCCACGCCGGGCUUCGGUGCCUCGGCGUUCCCAGACCCCUCCGGACAGCAUCGCCAUACGUCGCAUAUUUACACCGUACGCGAUCGUAUGCUACCGAGAAGAGGGACCAUGGAUCUAGCUUCCAGGGCCAGAUGCUCGAGAGUAUAAGCUCACGUAUCGCGCGCGAGAAAGCAGAGAGAGAAAAGUUUGCGAAGCAACAGCAAGAAUCGGCCGGAACAAGACGUUGGGCCACGACUUUUGUCAUUCUCGCUUCUGCUGGAGGUUCUUAUUUCCUAGGAACCUUGGCCCCCCGCGACGUGGACCCGACCUCAACUCUUCCUUUAGCUCGAACGCGCGACCCGAAAUAUAAGAACGACAAAGCAAACCUCGAAGCUGCGUGGGCCGACUUUGCCGCUAUCGUCGGUAAGGAGAAUGUCAGCACCGUGGAGUCUGACCUCGAAACGCACGCCAACUCGGACUGGUCGAGCUACCGUAGCAAGGAGACAGAGAAGCCGUUCAUGGUAGUUUACCCAAGCUCGACAGAAGAAGUGAGCAAGAUUAUGAAGAUCUGCCACUCACGACGGAUACCAGUGGUAGGCUACAGCGGUGGCACCAGCUUAGAAGGUCACUUUACGCCGACGAGAGGAGGUAUCUGCGUGGAUUUCCGGAGGAUGGAUAAGAUCAUUUCCUUACACAAGGAAGAUCUGGACGUCGUUGUUCAACCGGCUGUUGGCUGGGAGCUCCUAAACGAGGAGCUAGCUAAAGAUAACCUCUUCUUCCCCCCCGAUCCAGGCCCAGGUGCUCAGAUUGGUGGUAUGAUCGGCACAGGAUGCAGCGGCACGAAUUCGUACCGAUAUGGUACCAUGCGGGAAUGGGUUCUCUCACUGACCGUCGUCCUUGCUGAUGGUACCAUAAUUAAGACUCGCCAGCGGCCAAGAAAGAGCUCUGCAGGCUAUGAUUUAACGAAGCUCUUUAUCGGAAGUGAAGGCACCCUCGGUCUUGUUACUGAAGCAACUCUCAAACUUACCACAAAGCCUAUUAGCACAAGUGUCGCAGUUUGCGGCUUCGGUACAAUCCGCCAAGCCGCCGACUGUGUUGCGAAGGUUGUCGGGCAGGGUGUCCCCGUCGCCGCAGUCGAAAUCCUCGAUGAGGAGCAGAUGAAAUGUAUCAACCAAGCUGGUACGACAUCUAAGCAAUGGAAAGAGGUCCCUACCUUGUUUUUCAAGUUCUCCGGUACCGAGCGCGGCGUCAAGGAGCAGAUCCAGAUUGUACAAGAGAUGGCUAGGAUAGCGGGUAGCAAGAGCUUUGAGUUUGCCCGCUCCGAGGCCGAAAAAGCCGAGCUGUGGAGCGCACGUAAGGAGGCGUUGUGGAGCACCAUGGCCGUUGCCAAGCCCGGCGAGAAGGUGUGGACUGGAGACGUUGCCGUUCCCAUGAGCCGAUUACCACUCCUUAUUGAAGAGACUAAGGACGACAUGAAGAAGAGCGGCAUGUACGGCACCAUUGUUGGACAUGUCGGCGAUGGAAACUUCCAUAUCAUUCUACUUUCAAAUCCUGAGCAGAGACAUGCUGCUGAGGAGCUAGUGCACCGUAUGGUCAAGCGAGCCGUUGAGUUAGAGGGAACCGUGACAGGUGAACACGGCGUUGGUUUGGUUAAGAGAGAUUACCUACCACAGGAGCUAGGCGAGAGCACUGUCGAUACUAUGAGAAAGAUUAAGCAAGCGCUUGACCCUCUUGGUCUGCUCAAUGCCGACAAGGUUAUCCGAAUACAGAAGCCCAAGCCCGGUGAGAUCCCCGAAUGGUGAUGCUACUAUUUUGUUAGCACCUUGUAUAGAAGACACAAUUACUCCGUAUAUACCUCCUAUCUAUAUCACUGGCACAUUGCCUACCUUACCUACGAAUACCGAUUUACAAUUUUGUGUGUACUCGACCCUUCAUUUAGUCGAAAUAUUGUGCAAGUGCGGCUAUGUAGGAGAUAACUUAGUUCAUCAGGUUUUAAGGGUAUUUUAUUUUCACACUCUAUUAUUUUUAAUGCGAUGUGGCAUCUUCAUCUUAAUACCCCCCGAGCACAACCACCACUUCAAACCAUCGCUAUCCCUUAACGCCAAUUUCUGUAUCAGAAUCUCGAUCCGAGGUACGGCUUCAUCACUCAUACACGAAGCAGAAAGGCGAACCGCCUACGGUGUCGAGCAAUUGGCGGUAAUUGUAGGUUCCGCCAACUGGAUUGAUGUCAAGGAUGUCAUCCAGUGUUCCGUUACGACUUGCAGGCAU